GGAGAAGCACUCCGGAACCACUCGUAGUUGUGUUGUUGUGCCACGCCGGUCGGUUGAAAACCGACGGACCACAACGAAAGGGCAAAGUUUUUCAGCCUGUAUGAUGUUGUAACCAAAACGAUAGUUAAUUUAUUUCUAAUAAAACGAUGAUGUGGUUCGCCAGGCGCUUUCUAUCAUCGGUGGUUUAUAGAAGUCAGUAUUCGGGUCAGCCUGGAUUAUUCCUUCGCCCUCAGCACUGCUCCCUCCCCGAGCUGGAGCUGCGGUAUCUCCAGUGCACAUGCUGCUGGCGGAGUCGGGUUCCCGUCGCCGGCUUUGAGACCCUGGACGCCGUCCUCACCUCCACCUCCGCGCCCUGCAAAGAGGACAACAGACCGCUGGAUGAGUUCUACACCUCCGCGCAACGGGAUGUCAUCCUCCAGCUGCUCAACAACGCCGCGCCAUCGGAGCUGGCCGGCGUCAAGCUCCUGAGAGGCCGCAAGUCGCUCAACAUUGUGGAGUACAGGACUAAAAACGGACCUUUUAAAACACUGGAGAGUGUGGUGAACGUCCCGCUGCUGAAGCACAAAAGUGCUGUCACGGUCUUCAACUCCAUCCUCAACCCGGUGAAGAUGGUGAAAAAAGGGAGGAUUCAGCUGGCCAGGUUUAUCAGGCCAGAGGUCGACAGGUCCUGGUUGGAGGAUGCCAGCUCCAUUGUGUCACUAGUAUGUGGGACUAAUAAAAUCGCCUGGACCCAUGUGAACCGUGGGAUGACAGUCCUGGACUGGCAACAGCUGGAAUGUCCAAAUUUCUUGAAGGGAACAUACAUGGCCUCUACCUAUUUGAGUGAUGUCUCGACAGUUGUGUCAUAUCUCCCAUCAGCUGACUUCUACAUAAUAGAGAAGUCAUCCAUCUCAGUCCAGAAUACGACUCUGUUCCCUGUCAUGGCCCACUUGAGGACUGUGGAGGCCAUGCUGUUCGCUCUGCUGGAGCCCAGAAACCCCCCACCCAAGGCCAACAUUCCUCCUAGAGUUUUGAACAUGAUGCGUAGCGCUGUGGGACGUCACUUUGGACUCAUGGUGGGCGAGUCUCGGACCAGCGGGGCACAGACGGUCUGUAAGCUGAUGACUGAGUCUGUGACACAGAAGAUCCCCAGGAUAAAUGUUCCUCCUGACCUACUGGUGAAGUACAGGAAUUCAUUUAAAAUGGGCAGAGGAGGAGAGGAACUGUGUGACGCCCUGCUUCAGGCAGUUGCUUUUUAUGAGCUGCUCAGUGAAUCUUCCAGUUAGCCACCGCAGGGGCCAACCUCUUGCCCCAACUGUGCACGACAUCCUCUACAACAGACCUCCUGAGUGGCUUCCUGAGCCCUUUUGGACUUUUAGCAAACGUUUACCUCUUUGAACAGAUUUGAUGGCGGUUGAUUUAAGUUAGGGAUGCACCGAUUGUGAAACUGUGGGCCACUAUGACAAUGUCCUUGGCUGUCGUUUAUUUUGUUGUUAUUUAUUCCCUGUUUUUUGCCUAUGAACAAUGAAAUCUUCAUUAUAAAAAUAUCAAUAGUUUUGAAUUCCUAACAACGUUACUUUGAAAGAGCAAAGUCAUUCACACAUACGUACCAAGCAACUUUUAGCUUGACCUUUGUUAGCCUUCUACCCAUUAAGAUUAAGAAAUUUCAGCACUUACAUAGCCUUAAAAAAAAAAAAAA